AUGACUCAGUUUGUGUUUUACCUGAACGCGGCUCAGGAGCUGGUGAAGCCAGGAAUCAAAAGAAAAGCCACCUCCUCCUUCCUGUCUUCACUUAACCCAAAGCGAAUGAAGCUCGAGGAAGACACCAAAAACCUUAAGUCUUCAAAGAUAAAUGGUGGUGGACUGCACGGGACGACAGAUCACUACAACUUCACCCGUGACAAUGGCGACACAACAGAAGUAAUCGUUAAAAAACUCCGCAACGGCAACGCAUUACCACAUGAAGCCCGUAUCUUACACGAGCUGGCAGGGGCAGGGGGAGCUCCACUCUUAUUCGGUGUUACAACCGACCCCCAUGCCCUGGUGAUGGAGUUUUGCCCCGGCAUAACUUUUACCGAGGCUUUAAAACAACUCGACAAAAAGACGUGUCAACAAGCCUACUCCUCCAUCGUUACAGCUGUUCAAGAAUUCCACAAAGCUGGAUUUAAUCAUCUGGACCUCCACGACGACAAUGCAUCUAUUUUUGAGAAUAUCUUGUGCCACAAAGAUGAACUCAACACAACGCAAACCUCCGCCCCCAACAAACCCUCGACACAGCUCAACCGAGAUGAAAACGAGAAAAUUUUCCGGGUGCUCGGUCUAAAGUGCCAGACUUUGAGUACAAGAGUAGUUCAGGUGUUUGGUACUGACGGCCCUCACCAUAACUCUUGGCGUAAGCAUGGUGUUGCUACCUUCACUAAGGACAAUGUACGGAAGUCCUAUUAUAUUCAGGUGUAUGAUAUUGUGUCUGGAAAGAUAUUAUUCGAGCAGGAGCUGUACAAUCAGUUCAGUUACACAGUCUCGAUGCCCUUCUUUCAUCAGUUUGAAGCCGAGCAGCAGCAGCAGCAGCAGAAGUAUUUGCGGCGGUCGUUUGUGCCUCUAUGUACCCCCUAUAAGGACACAAGGAAGAAGAUCAGCAAAAAGAGUAAUAAAAUAAAAAACAAGCUCAGCAAAGAUGAGAUUGGGAUGCCAACAGACUUCAAACACAUCACACAUGUUGGCUUCAAUCCUGACACAGGGUUCUCGAAGUUCAAUGUGGAUGAUAAGCUUGAAGACUUCUUUAACUUGGUUGGUGUAAGUCAGCAGCAACUGUCGGACACCCGCACGAGGGAGUUCAUCUACGACUUCAUUGAGAGAAAUGGUGGAGUAGAGAAGGCCAUGCAGGAGACUCAGCGCUUUGCCUCCAAACCCUUUCCAAGCUCCACUCCCCACAUGGAUCAUUCCGCCAUCUCUCCGCCCCCACCUCCGGCUAAAUCAGCGCCCCCUCCGACACCCCCGAUUAUACCCUCCCAUAAUUCUCACCAUGGUGGGUCGAGGGCCGCUCCACCACCUCCACCGCCACGAACCAACAACCACGCUCAUCCUCCUCCUCCACCUCCACCCAGUUCUGCCCCGCCCCCACCUCCUCCCCAUCCCAGAGGCCCGAUGCUUCCUCCUCCAGGACAGAUUGUUGCAGGACAAAAGACUGCACCAUUGCCACCUAUACCUGUUCCAAUAUCAAGUGUUCCUCCACCACCACCUCCAACCUCCACCAUCCCGACUCUUCAACAUGGAAUUAAAGCUGCUGCUCCACCGCCUCCACCUCCUGCACCUCCAUCUAAUGGAGCACCUCCCCCUCCACCUCCUCCACCUCCUCCUGGUGGUGGUGGCGGUGGUGUUGGCGGCAGCGGUGGUGGCGGCGGAGGUGGCAGCGGCGGCGGAGGCAUGCCUGCAGGUGGAGCCAAUGUGGAUGUCCGUUCAGCACUUCUGGAUCAGAUUCGUACUGGUCCUACAUUAAAGGCCAAUAGUCAGCAUGGUCGCCAGAAAGUAGAGCAAUUGCAGCGGGCGCUACCCACAGACUCCCGCAGUUUGCUGUUGAACCAGAUCAGAUCAGGCAUCAAGCUUAACCCUGUGGAGGAUGGAGAUGGUGGAGGUGCUGUGAAGUCCUCUGAGCCCAAACUAGAGGGCUUGGCAUUGGACCUCCAUCGUGCGCUGACCAGUCGUGCUCUAGUCAUACAGUCUGACGAUGACAGCUCUGAUGUUGAGGACGAGGAGGAGGAUGAGUGGGAUGAUGACGACACUUGAAAUAAGGCCAAGAUCUAUAAGAGAAGAUAACAAAGGUGUACAAAACAAAAUUAUAGAUAAACUGGAAUUAAAAAAUGUUACUGUUGAUAAUUAUGGAAGUUUAUUGCAAAUUUAAUUUUCUAAAACCAAAAUAAUAGUUGAAAUGCUGUUUGGUACUGCCAUUUAAUUUUACCACUCACUAAUAUUUAUUGGUAUUAAUGGAAGAUUACAUGUGUUCUCUAGAGACUAAAACAUUUCCUGGAUUUCAGAAGGAAUUGCAGGGCCUUGUUGAUAAACACACACAAUAAAUAUUUAAAGCAAUUGAUUUUUCAAGACAAUUUUCAGUGAGGAGUUGAGAACCUUCUGUGUGUGUAUGCAUGUGUGUGUGUGUGUGUGUGCGUGUGCUUCCACAUCUCCAGACACCAAAAUUUGAGUUGGAGAGAAAAUAGGUCUUGUUCAAUAUGGAGUGUACAGAGCUGGUCCCUCAAAAGAUGCCACCUUUGAUGUAGGGAAAUGACAUGGGCAUCAUAAAGCAUAUAUAUAUAUAUAUACAGUAUAUAUAUACAGUAUAUAUAUACAGUAUAUAUACAGUAUAUAUAUAUAUAUAUAUUAAAAUAUAAAACUAAUUAAAUUAUGGUAAAAACUUCUUAAUUAUUUUGAUGGGUUAGUUUGUGAUGAGAAGAAGUAGAAUUCUAGGUAGGGAACUGUUGAGAAUAAUUGGCAUAAAGUCAUCUAUUUAUCUCAGUUACUAGACAUUAGUCCAAGGAAAACACAGAUCCUUAAGUGCAGUGUUCCUUAUGUAAAGACUUAGUGUUGGUCUCCAUCAUAUGCUGAAGAUUCACAAGAGGCCACUGUUAAAUUGUCAAACUAAUGAAUGUGGUGGUAAAACUAUUGACUACAGAAAUUACAAUAAUUUCUUGGCUAUUAUUUAUUUCAAAGGAAUAUUCUUUGGCUGUACAGUAUACAAGUGUCAAAUAAAUAGAGGAAUAUAAUGUAAUUUUCACAUUUGUAUCUAAAGGAUAUUUUGAAUAUGCAAUAAUAUUAUAUCCUUAGUGCAUAGUGAGUGAAUAUUAUAUAGAUUGAAAUUCUUCAGAAUUUCAUAAAUGUAUCUUGAGUUUUCCCCCUAUGUACAUGAAGAGUUUUGGAUGGCAAAUAUUUUAUUACUAAUAGAUAGAGUUAAUAGAUAGAAUUCUCCAUACUUCAUCAUGCCUUAUGUACUGGAUUAAUAAAGGUGGACCUGAUAUAGAGGGAUUGAUAGGAGUUUAAAGAUUGAUACAGGUACAGUGAUAUCAGAUCUGGUUGAUGACCAUAAUAUGCAACACAUCUCAGCUGUUUAGAUUUUUUACUAGAACUUGUAUUUAGACUUUAUCAAUUUAGAGUUUGAUUAGAGUCAUCUAGUCAGUGUGAUAUGUAUUUUUUAACAUUCUGAUGUGCAUAAUGAAAGUACUGUACUUGUCUUAAUUUAGGCCAAAAGACCAAACAAGCUUUGAUCAGUCAUGAUGGGUAAUAUUUAGGUCAACAGGUAGUUUAUCAUAUAUUGUAUGUACAGACUCGUCCUUAACAUGUACAGUAGUCAGAGGUUGUACUGACUUGCAUCACCAAAAAUCUUCUUAAGUUUUAUGGUUGAAGAAUUUAAAGCCUGUCGUCUUGUUUCAUUUUCUAGUGAAGUACAUCACCAAGACCCCUGUUCUUCCAUGAGCUUUAGAAACUAGUCUGUAACCAAUGUUCCGGUGAAGAAUGUUUGAUAUCCUCUGUAAUAUAGUGUUUACACCUGUAAAUCUUGUGCUCUCUGAAAAGAUGGACAGUUAUAGUUUAAAGUACAUACAGUACUCUACAUGCUUGCAUGCAUGGACUUACAUGUACACACCCAGCAUAUUAAUAUGAGCACACAUUGCAGUUAACUUUCAGUCAUGGACUUCACAUAUGUAUUGGUGUGUAAAUAUACAUUCAUGAAUUCAUUUUGAACACAUGUAAACAAUAUUCACUGAGUCAUUUGCUUACAUAUAUUUUCAUAGACACACCUGUGCACACAACACUUUCUUGUUGAAUGUGUAUGAUGGUACAUGCAUACAUUUUGUGUGAAUGAAUGUGUAUGUGUGCUUGCCUCCUUCUCAGUCUGUGUAUGUUUGAUUGUAUAUAUGAUUGUGUGUAUGUGUGUUAGUCAUUUCAUUCACCUUGUGUGUGUGCAUGUGUACAUGUGUGUGUGUAAUAUUUCCCUCAGUCAACAAACUAGAGAUGUGGUUGUCUUGUAAUAUGAUAUAUCUUCAGGGUAUUUUAAUAUGGAACUGUUGUAUAGUUAAUAUUAUAGUUUAAAGUUUUAUUAUAGGGUAUUACUUGUGUACUUAAAACAGUAGGUUAGGAGUGAAAUAAGGGAUGGGUGUGUAAACUUUUCCUCGCCUUUGUUCCAUAUACAUUACUGGAUUUGAAUCUUUGAAGGAAUUUAUCUUAAUUUUUCUGCUAUAUAUUUGUCAGAUCAGCAUAUCACGCCUUUGUCUUAACAGCGUGGUUACUGAGAGAAACCCGGGGGUAGUAUUAUAUGAUUUUCACCAUGCUAGUACAGGAACAGACUUGUUUUGACUGCUGAUACGAUUUUUAAUAACUCGCCUCCGUGGAAAUACAGUUUAGAUUUCAUGCUUAUUAUUUUGUUGAUAAUGAGUGCCUAUUUUUUUAAUACUUAUGUUAUAUUUCUUGUUUGGUAUUUUUCUAGUUGGUACUGUGUCUGUUACUUGGAGUUUGUGUUCAGUAUUUACCGAUUAAUUUUAAACUUGCUUCUUUUUCUCAUGCUGUCGUCUAUCUUCAUCAGUUGGUGGGUCAAGUCCCCAGGUGGUGUUUGUGUCAUCCACUUCACCACAUUGUACUGUAGUUGGUCAUUCUUGUAUGAUAAUAAUUAUACACUGUCUGGCAUAUAACUGCUGAAGCCCAUAGAUGGCAUUCCCAUGUUCUGCAUUUCAAUCAGUCAGUCACUAUUACAGUUCCUGCAUUGUCUUGCAUAUAACAAACCAAGAAUCUCUCCACAGAAAGUUGUAAAUAUUAAAGUCUAUAAAUUGUAUUGUUGUAUGAUACAUGUAAAUGACUGUAAAUUUGGAGUCAUAUAUUGUGUUACACUAAUGUUCACUGUCUCUAUGUUAACUUUUUAUUUCCAUGCCUUAAUUUUAGUUGCCAAAAGUUUUUAAAUAUUAGGAAACUGUUAUCUACAUGCAUAUACAGGCCAAAUUUGAUUUUACAGAGUCUAACUUGGAUGACCCCUUACAAAUUUUUAUUUAUUUUUUUCAUAGUUGGUCUAGGGUGUAUAAUACUCCAGUAGGUGGGGCAUUGUAUUAAAGCAUGGUUUUAGUCACUGGAGAAUCUGUUAUAAUUAGGUUUCCAUUUACAUGAUGGGCAUACCAAUACACAGAACCUUCAAGCAUAUGUUUCAAGAAUGUGAGAGUGUGGUACUUAAAGUAACAAAGAUGUUCAAUCACUGAAAUGUGUGGGUGGGGAAGAUCCUGUAUCUAAUUGAAAUAAGUACGUUAAGAUACUGAUGUAAUACUGAUAUUCACAUGAUAAUUUAAGCAUACACCAGUGCUAUAUGUUUUGGUCAUAACCUAACCUCAAAUUAUAAGGUACUGUAGUGCAGCUUUUUGUAAGUUAUGAAUCCUCGUGGGAGUGACAUCUUAAGACACUAUUGGAAUUCUGUUCUGUUUACCCUACUUUGGAAGGAAGGUAUAAUGUGUUCUAAAGGCGAGAGUAAAAUGUAAUAUUUUUCUCAUACCACAUCCCAAAUAUGUGCCAUAUCCCUUGCAUACAACAGGGUCUUGAAAGUGGAAUGUUACAGAAUCUUCUCCAAACACAUGUCACUUAAAUAGUAUAUGUCAUGGAUAGGCCCUCAUGUAUGUUAAGUAUUUCCACUAAAGGUACAAGAACACAUUUUAAAAAUAUUCUACUACUUUCUUCUUUUGUAUAAUUCAUGGUAUUAUGUACAGAGGGAUUUUCUUUUGUAUACUGUACCUUACUUUAACCAAUUUUUUUUGUCAGAUUAACUAUGACAAAUUGGCUUGUUUAAUUAUAAUUGUGUGGAGGGUUUAAGAGUGACAUGUGUGUUUGUGUGAUAAAGAGGUGGGAAGUAAAGAAUAUUAAUCGAUUGGUUUUAUAACUUUGCCGUGCACUUAUGACUUAUAUACUGUCUUGUUUUCCUGCCAGGUAUCACUUACGAGUUGUAUUUAUGUACGUAUUCCUUAUUUUGAUUAACACGUUUAUCAACUGGGUAAUGUAAUUGUUCCGAUAUAUUACUCAUUAUUUCUGUCGAUGUGAUGAAAGAUGAUUUGCGAUCUGAUGGUAUUUAUAAUUUGUUGUUUAUUGUAAUCUUAUUGAAUGUUUUGUUGUAGAUAUGUUAAUAACCUGUAAAAAAAAAUUGAGAUCUGUUAUUUUCAUCUGUUAAGAAAUUGAGAUCUGAUACUACUAUUGAUCUGGAAAAGAAAAUAUGAUCUGAAUAUAUUUUUGAUAUGAGGCUGCUAAUGCUAAUAAUGUUUGUAACCUGAUGUAAAUAUUGAAUGACAACUUAAAAAGAGUCACUUACUAUACCGAUAAUACCCUGCAUCAUUUUAAAGAAUCAUUUUACUUGCAAAAAUUGCAUUGGCAAUGUAGUUCACCAUUAUUUAUGUUACUUAGGAAGGCAGAGAUAACUUAUGUUACUUGGGAAGGCAAAGAUCACUAUGUUACUUGGGAAGGCAAAGACCACUUAUGUUACUUGAGAAGGCAAAGCUCACUUAUGUUACUUGAGAAGGCAAAGCUCACUUAUGUUACUUGGGAAGACAGAGAUCUGUUUUGUCAUCAGAUAAUGUAAAAUAAACAUGUGUAAUGUGUUUCAUAUUUCAGUUUCAUUUAUGGAAAAAAAAAUAUGCUGAAUCUGCACUGGAUAUGGCAGGGGCUUCCUAUCUUAUAUGUGUGUGUUAUCGUCAACUGUUAAACUACAAGAUUUAUAAAUGAAUAUGUACAGUAUGGUUGGAUGAAUUGGUGUUGUGACUGUGGUCUAUACUGUACAUAAGAUUUGUUGAGAACUUGUAGUUGUGUGUAUAUAGUGCAUUGUACAGUAUAAGUAAAUAUAUUGUUGACUUGAAGUUCUCCAUACAGUAGUACAUUAUCACACUAGUUUCUUGAACCUUCAUCAGAUGUUCCCGGUAGUUUGUUGAAAUUUUACAGAAUUAAGGGGAAGUAAUUUAUUGUAUUGGUAAUUGGUGAAUUCUGGAUAAUGAAUUAAAAUUAAAGAUAAAUUUUGUUUAGGAAGUCAUUUUGAUAAUGUAGAUUACAAAAUCUUUUAAGACUUGCAUAUCAGUCCAGUAUAGUAAAUGUAUGAUUUCAAUUAAUGCUCGGUCACAGAAGUUUUUAAUGAUUUCAGCUAAGGCUGGGUUAGGGUAUGUCAUAAACAGUAGAAUGAAAUCAAUUGAGGCUCUGUCCUAGAAAACAUUGGAUUUUAACUUUAGCUUUAGCUUUGUCUUGAAAGAUUUGGAGACCACGAACAUUUGAGAAUUGAUCAAACACCUGAAAACACUGGAGUGCAUCUGAUUAUCUUGAAGAGUCAAUUUUCUUCCUUUUAAAUUGUAUAACUUAACAAGUCAUUUCUUGUAAUAUGAUUUUGUUUUUCUUAAUUUCAUCUUUGCUCUCUCAUGGUUAAGUGUAUAAUCUUUGCUGAUGUACAAUCAUAUCCUGUUCAAAUUAAUGCUGUUAUAUUCUUUAGUAAUUAUGAGUGUAAUAAACUGUUUAUUGGAU